AUGUCUAUUUCCUCGACCUCUCCGCGAAGAUCGCACGCACAAGCCGAAUUACUGGACGCUUUAUCUGCACUCCAUCUUGGCGGAAAGUAUUCGGACUUGACCAUUACCUGCAACUCUCGGCAAUGGGCGGUGCACCGAGCAAUCGUCUGUUCACGAAGCGGUUUCUUCGAUGGAGCCUGCUCGCACGCUUUUCGCGAGGCAAAGACUGGAGUGAUCGACCUCAGCGAAGAUGAUGAAGAUGCCGUGGAACACAUGAUACACUAUUUCUAUCACCUUGACUACCUGAACGAACCAGCUGAGCAAGCAGCAUCGGCCAUGUUCCGGCAUCGUGCCUACUCCGACUUACGGAAGAAGCCCUCGAAGAAGAUCGACUUCUCGCAAAUCGAAGACCCACUCCUUGCCCAAGCCGGCUACUAUCCCAUUUCCAAGGUGUCGACGCCCAAAGAUACUGCCGCUAGCACCGACUUCUCGCGCAAGUCCUCCCGAUCGCCCACAAAAGGCCGUUCCUUCACGCCACCGCUGCAGUCCGAUCAUGGAAGUGAAGACGAGGAAGCCGAGGAUGACACCACAGAGGCUCAAUCACACCUCAUCCUUCACACGCAAGUCUACGCUCUCGCCGAAAAGUACGACAUACCAUCGCUCAAGCAACUCGCCAAGACAAAAUUCGAAGUCGCAGCCGCCUGCUACUACGACGCACCCGAGCUCGCCGAUGCUAUCGAGAGUGUCUAUUCAACCACAGUGGACUCCGAUCGUGGCCUGAGAGGUGUGGUAUUGCAGCUCUUCAAGAGACAUCCUCAGUUGGCGAAUACGCAGGACGUCUACGCUGUGAUCAAGGACACUCCGGCGCUUGCAUUGGACUUGUGGAAGGUCGAACGAGGACUGCUAUGA